AUGUUUUACUAUCAUGCCAUUAUACUCAAGGAACUCAACUAUCUAAGAACAAUAUGCAGUUAUAGUAGAUGCAAUAUCCAUACAGUUCCUUCAACAACCUGGAUCAGACAUUCAACAUUGGAGGAACGCAAAGUCAGAGUCACAAUUGCAGGUGAUGUCAGCUCGUCAAGUGCAGGAGACGAAACGACCGACUCCAACAUCGACUUUCCAAGACCUGCAUUGACGUCAAACAUGGAACUUUAUCAGAGGUCUGGAGGCAUGCAUCUAUCUGUAUGGUUGCUGGCAGUUGUGGUUUUUGCCUCAAUAUCACACACUGAAAGUAUAACCGACAGCGAGAAGACAGCAAUUCAACUAGGCUUGGAAACUGGAAAAGAACUCCUGGACGUUAUAAAAGACAAAGAAUUUACCAAAGCUUUGACAAAAAUAGCUGGGUCGAUAGGACCAUUUCUUGGUGUAUUGGGGCCCUUUGCUAGUCUUAUUAUGGUCUUUAUUCCGACAGGAGAUUCCGCAGAGUUGGCGUUCAUGAAAGAAAUGAUGAAAAAGAUUGACAACAGAUUUGAUCAAGUGGAUUCCCGCUUCGAUGAUAUCGAACGCUUGAUUGAUUGGGUAGCUGUGGCAGUAAGUUUCGGUCAGAUAGAGCAAAAGAUAAUGGCGAUGAGUGACGAAUAUAGACUUUUCUAUGCAAGUGAUGCACCGGCGUCGAAUAAGAGUUAUGUGUUUAAGAUGCACUACGAAAAUGAUUACCAGAACAGUGGGUCAAAACUGUACCAUGCAAUCGUUAACAAACAAGGAAAGUUUCAGGAAAAUCUCGGAGAAUCGAUUAUGCGCUACACCAUUAAUGAUCGCAAAAAGACUCAAGACUUUCUUCUGGGCGUUAUGAGGCUCCUCUUGCAGGCAGUUAAGAUUGAUAUUACCUAUUACACCCUUCAAGGAUUUGAAAAGAUCGCAGAAGAGAGGACGGACGAUUGGAAGGAAAAGAUUCUAAAAGUGAACUCUAAUUAUAAAGAGAUUGACGAUGCUGUUAGAGGAAAGUACUUUGACCAGUCCGAAAUUGAUAUUAAAAAGCUUUCUGCCGACAAUUAUGGAGUGAGUAACGAACAAUUUCAUAGCCUUCUGUACGAUAUGUUAAGUCAGAAGUACUAUUGGAUCGAUUGGUUUGUCGUUGUGUAUAAUCCUAUAACUGGGUCCGAGAAACAUCAAACGAGUACGUGUAGCGGGCAUAUCUUAUUUCGACAAGACGGCAGAAACAUACUGGCGUCGGGAAGAUACAAAACUUCCCCUAAAAUGGGCGAGAUAGUAAAAACUCUCAAAGAGACGGCGAUAACAUUUGCUACUCAAUUCUUUAUCGUCAAUGAACUGAAUAGUGCCCAAGUAGCUUACAAUGCCAUCAUCAAGGUAGUGAAGCCUGUAUGCAGUCUUUCUGUCAUUUGGUCGGAUGCAGAUGUUUGGUACAAGGGCGACCCCACUAGAGUAAUCUACUACGAUUUCAAAUAUAUGAGACAUAGCCGCUAUGAUAUUUUGGUGUUUGAUUAAACAUUUAUAUACUGACUUUUUAAAUAAAAAUGUGAUUUUCACAUUGGUGGUGGUAAAGGUACUAGAAUGAUAUGCCACUUUGGAAAUCUUAGGUUAUGAUAAGUCAAACAUGUACGCCCCUGGGGUGUGUUUCUUUAUCAUUUUUAUGUAAAAAAUAAAUGAAUGAAAAUGGUGAACGCAGAAUUUUUUAAUUACCGUCUCUAAUUCUUUAUUAAACCCUUUGUAAAAUAUAAUUUGAGAAAUGAAUAAAUUAUCAAUAACUGCUUUGAAA